CAGCAAGAAACCUCUGGGUCAUUAUUGAUGACCAACUGACCAAGUGACGCGUGAGCUUUUGUGUAGAUCCGGCCCAAAGGUAACAGUAGCAAACAGUAACCAUAACACUGCCCCUAGAGAGAGCAUUUCGUGUUUAUAUAGCAACUGACGGCCAUCGUAGGUUUGGGAAGGGGUGACUGAGGGGUAUUUAGUUAGAUGCAAUGUGCAUUCUUGCCGCUAGAUGUCACUAAAUCCCACACACUGUCAUUUUAGUAUAGGGCGGGUUAAGUGCACGAUUAAACGCUGUAAAAGGUCAAUAAAAAAAUUAUAAGAAAAAAUUAAAUAAAAGGUAAAGUUGUUUUUUUUGGGUCACUAAAUAAAUCGCCAUUGAAGGCUUAACCACAAAAAACACGGCCCACCACUGCUAAUAACAUUAUUUUCUGUAGACGAGAACGGGAACAGCACAUCUUCUAAGAUGAAGCAAUGUCGCCAUCAAAUGGUAGCAUUGCAAUACGGCCGAAAUGUGCUUGGUUAGUGCAAAGGAGUAAUAUAUUUUGGGGAAUGUGCUGGUCUACAGCUAAGUUUUUUUUUUUUUUUUUUUUGCGCAGUUCCGGGUAUGUUAAUUAAUGUUAAAAGUUUCCUUGACCCGCAAAUGUUUCAUUUGGCAGGGGCUACAUGGACAUUAAGGGACAUGUCAGUUUAUGCCUCAACCAGCCUAUUAACCAGCACAUUGGCUAGGUGCCUAAGGCAUACAAUCAUUUGAGAUAGGCUACUGAUAGCCUACUAUUGUAUGAUAUGCUCCUCUGAGAUCCCUUGAUCCUCCAACAGUAACCUGAUGACUUAUAUUCUUUACCAGACCAUCUGACAGCCUGAGUUAGGCCUAUCAGCAUUAUUUAUCAGCAUCGCAUUUCUGAAAUGAUCAUUCUCCCCUUCCUGUCCUAAAUCUAACUUGUGUGAAUAUGUGAAGCACUUUUUAAACUCGCUUGUCGUGCUGUAGCAUUACUAUUAGGCUCGGCGUAUCAGGUCUGCUAGCAGCAGGUGCAGGUAAUGUUGUUAUCAUUGAUAUUUAUGAUCUAUAAUAUAUAGGCUACGAUGGAAUGCAAGUGGUGCAGUGAUUUGCGCUCUUAAACACUUAAAUCAGUGACGAGGGAGAGUCUGCGCCUGUGUUGGCAGCAAUCAGAUUAUCUUACUGCCAUGGACCUACAGACGACAAGGGUUUGUGAGAUAUGUACUUCCUUCUCUUACGUCUGAGCAGCACAGUCUAAACUCCUCAUGCGCUGCUCGCAUCCGCUCAUUCUCAGUUCGCGUCGGACAGUAUUAGGAGCAGAGUUGACCUCCUGAACCCACCCAUGCGAGCAGAGAUCUGCGGCCAACAUAAAUCUCCCCAUCUGAUGGGGAGAGCACAGGCAACCCAUGGAGUGGCGUGACCUGAGCACUGGACAGAGCCACAAACAGCCCAGGCAUGUUGUGUGAUCGGGGGCCCUGACUUCGUUUCGCAACUGCUGUGGAGCUGCUUUUGGAUGUGUCUGUCGCAGACCUUCCUCUGCACCCGACUGAGGAAACUAGAUCCUCCAUUUUGAAGGGGGAUCAGAGGAGCCAUAUUGGCUUGACUUCAGAGCGCUGAGGACCGCUUUUGUUCUUUCUUUCUGUUUGUCUACCUUUCUUCUUUCUGUUUAUUAUAAGUUGUGUUUUUGCUCCUUCACAAAUAUAUACAGGCAAGCGUGCAAGUAUACACACACACACACACCCACACACACACACACACACACACACACACACACACACACACACACACACACACACACACACAGAUACAGUCUCAAUCCAUGUCUUAAUAUAAGCCUGCAAGCAGUUUGUCUCAGCACCUCCAAUCUGAGGCUAGCCACCGGGCCACCAUGAGUCUCCUGAGUGUGUGUGAGCAAGCGGUCCUCUCCUGCCUGCUCUGGUUGACCAUAGCCCCGGGACUGUUGCACGGUGAGUUCCACGUAGCCCGCGUGACGGACCACAGCCUGUGCAUCUGCCUGUGCGUACGUGAGCUCCCCCACUGCAGCGAGCCCGACUCCAGUGAGUGCAGCUGCAAGGACCACCCUCUCUCCUGGCUGCAGCGGGCCGAGGGCACCAGCCUGGUGCAGCGGCGCCGGUUCACCGUCUGGUACUCCUCGCCGCCCCACGUCGCCCUCUUGCUGCACAACGCGGAAGUGCGCCACUUGUCGCUGGUGAGGUGCUGGGCCCUGGCCGUGGCACCAGGCUGCGUGGCUGCCUCCGCCCUCUCUGCUGGUGCCACCGCCGCCACUGCCAAGCUGGCAUCUCCUGAGCACUUUGUGGUGCAGAGGCUGGAGAGGCUGACGAUGUGGCCGCCUGUCGGUCGAUCCGGGUCGAACCAGGACCUGUUUCUGGGAAGGGAGAUGGGCGCGCCGCACCACGAGGAGGCUCGCAUCGCUGUCAUAAACACCUCCGUGCUGGCAGGGGACCUCAAGCUCAGGGCCUACACGGUGAGCACCGGCUUGGAUGGUAACGGACUCCUGCCGUUCCCUAACCUACACACGCUGCCCCGCGAAGGGCUUCCGGACAGUUCCAGCAUAUUUGUGACCUUUCUCUAUUGAACGAAGCCAAAUGCUAUUGGCUGGAAAAGGAUUUUAAAAGAAGAAUUGUAAAAAUUGGGAUAUGACACAAUUGCAGAGUUUGUUUCUUUUAUAAAUGUAAUGUUGAUUGGGAGCUAUUUGAAUAAGCCAGCACUAAUAAACACUUUAAACUUUA